UUUCACUCUGCAUGUACAUCUCCUAGAGCCACAGACUCUGUUUAAAACCUUAGAGAUGAUGAAGUUACUGGCAGCAUGAGGUGCUUUCCUGGGGACAUGGGUUCACUGAGCUGCAUUCUUUCUGUGCUUCCUGGCCUCUCUUACCUAAGUUCAACAAAUCCUUGCUAGCAGAGCCCAGGCCUGGCCUGUUCAGCAUGUCUGAGAAAUCAUAGUUUCUGCAUUCUGCAGAAGCAAACGAGGCUAAGAAUGGAUAAGGCUACCCACAGCAAUCAGGAAGUUAAGAAACAUGUGCGCCUGCAAGAUCGAAGGGGCUCCAAUGUGUCAUUGGUAUUGGACAUGAGUUCUCUGAGCAACACUGAACCCAUUGUGCAAAUCUCCACUCCAAGAGAUGUCACAGUGCAAUUUUUGAACACUGCCAGUCAUGUCCUAACACAGAAGAUGCUCCAGGAAUGGAGCUGCAAUCUGGAAGAGCUUCAAAAGGAGUUUGCGAAAAUUCCCUCAAACUUCAUCACUCCAGAAGAACUCAACAUUCCUGGUCGGGCAGCAAAGGAUAGAUACAAAUCCAUCCUACCAAAUCCCCAGAGCCGUGUCUGUCUCAAGAGAGUCAACAGCCAAGAAGAGGAGUCUUACAUAAAUGCAAAUUACAUCCGGGGUUAUGCUAGCCAGAAGAAGACCUAUAUUGCCACACAGGGACCCAUGCUAAAUACAGUCAAUGACUUCUGGACAAUGGUGUGGCAAGAAGAAACUCCACUCAUAGUUAUGCUCACCAAACUCAAAGAAAGGAAAGAGAAAUGUAUCUGUUACUGGCCUGAAAGAGAAGCAUCCUAUGGACCAUUUAGAAUUCAAGUCCAAGACAUUUGGGAAUGUGAUGACUACACCAUUCGUAGCCUUUCCCUGCAGUUCAAAGAUGAAUGUCGCACUGUGAAACACAUUGUCUUCUCAUCCUGGCCAGACCAGAGGACACCAGAAUCAGCCAAGAUGCUCUUGCAUUUGAUUCUUGAGGUGGAGAAAAUUCUAAAGGCUUCCCAAAACAAGGGACCAAUUGUUGUGCACUGUAGUGCGGGCAUUGGACGGACAGGCUGCUUCAUUGCUACUCAGAUUGGAUGCCAGCAACUAAAGGACAAAGGAGAAGUAGAUAUUUUGGGAAUUGUCUGCCAGCUACGCAUAGACAGAGGUGGAAUGAUACAAACCAGUGAACAAUACCAGUUUGUCCAUCAUAUACUUGCUAUGUAUGCCUCACAGCUUUCUGAAUUCACAGACAACUAAUCCAUCAUGCUGUGGUAGCAAGAGGAACUGUUUAUAUCUGGACUCUUUGCUUUGGAGAGCCUUUUUUCUGAUAGCAAGAUAGUAAAGUAUUUAUAUUUCAGCCACUUGAAAUACACAGCUCAAACAAGAACUGUUAGGUUGUUUGUUUUAUGUAAAAGGAAUUUAGCUGGAUGUAGAGUUUUAAUUUCAUUUUUUUUAUAUUUUGAACUUCCUGUGUAAGUUUUGUAAACAUAAUAUUCAUUUCAAGUUCAUUAAAAAUACUGUUGUGUUUUACAUACACACACACACACAAACAGCUGUACAUCUCAAUCCUGGACUAACCAGGUCAUGUUGUUAAGGUCUUUUCCCAGUGUCUGAAGGCUAUGGAUAUUCCGGAUGGGUAGCAAAAGACUCAAGCUUGAUCCUGACAAUCAUGAGUGGUUAUGGUUUUGGAUCACUUGAGACCAGUGGAUCCAUCUUGAGUCAUGAAUAAGCUUGCACUUUUCCCUUCAGAACUGAUAACUAUAUGGAGAUAUUCUUAAACUCACAUCUCCUACUUAAGGAACAGGUAGCAGCUAUGGCUAAGAAGGCCUAUGCACAAAUCCAUCUUGAGUACUAAUUAUAAUCCUACCUGAACCAAAUAGUUGUUCAGAUAGUUACUCUAUCAUCUCACAUAUGACUCUAGUAAUGCAGUCUACAUAUGGCUGCCCUUGAAAAACACUCAGAAGUUGCAACUGGUACAAAAUGCACCAUUAUGGGCAAUUAUGGAUGUGUCACAUGAUCACAAUUCAGUUUGUUGGUUAUCCUUGUAUUUUCCAGGUCAAUUAAGGAGUGUCAUGUAAUGAAAUUAAGAAAUAUGGUUUCUUGGUCACAGCACCUGCUCUCUGGAAGAAGAUUUCUCUGAGACUUGUUUGGCUCUUACCCAGUGGUGGGAUUCAAAUUUUUUUACUACCUGUGGGCGUGGCUUGGUGGAUGUGGCAGGGGAAGGCUACUGUAAAUAAUCUCCAGUC